AAUAACAAUAAACAAUAAAGAUAAUAAUGACGUGGGUGUUCGCAGCGAGUACGGGAACAUGCGCUGUUGAUAAAACGCGAAGAAAUUGGUGUCCACAUUGUAGAUUGAAGAAAUGCUUUUCCGUCGGCAUGAACACUGCAGCCGUUCAAGAGGAAAGAGGACCACGUAUACGAAAUCGAACAAUUUCAUCGUCGAAUAACAAUUCAAAUGCCAUUUGGAAAUCGAGAAACAAUGCAAAUGAUUCUUGUAAAAGACAUUUGAAUACGUUCGAGAUUCCUCUAAUAUUUAAAACGAACACGAUGAGUAGUACAUCCAUAAAAUCGUUUUACGAGCCGCAAAGUGACAACGAAGCAUUGCUUCCUGCAAUCUUACGACACGUGCAAUCUCCAAGAAUCAUUGCACCUGGUGAUGCCAUUCGGUAUGAAAUAUCGGCGCAAAUAUUUCUCGCUACGAUACGUGGUGCACGACGACACCGUAAUUUUUCAAUACUCGAUAUAGAAGAACAAAAUGUGAUUCUUCGAAAAACAUGGUCAGCGGUGUUCGUAUUACGUGCAGCUACUUGGCCCUUCGAUUUAACGAAUCUCGGUACUACAAAUGCAACAGGAAACGAAAAUGCAUUCGCUUCUUUACAAUCAGCACGUAAUACAAUUUCCAAUUUGCGUUUAGACGAUACUGAACUGUCCAUUUUGGAAACCUUCGUUUUAUGUCGACCAGAAAUCGCUCGAACUUCGGAUGGUGUUCGAUUAAUGAUGAAAGCGAGGGAAUCAACUGUGGAAACUUUCAUCAGUCAUCUUCGAAAACAAGGUGAUCAUGGUCAUAGAUUGACACAAAUUAUGUUUUUAUUACCUAUCCUUACUAGUUGCUGUCCCGGAGAAUUAUCUAAUGAUUUAUUCGCACCUAUUAUUGGUAAUAUAGAUCUCGAAAGAGUAAUAGCAUCGAUACGAUAAUCGAUAAAAAUCAUUUUAAUUCAAUUCAAACGUAGAAAAUAAUUUCAA